ACCCUUGGCCUUUAUGUGAGCUUCUCUGAGCAGCUCAGCUGAGCGUUGCGGGUGCCCGAGAGGUCUGACAGAGCAGCCCCCUCCCCUGGGAGGGCACCACUCGGGCAGUCCUGAGGAAAGUCUGCCUCUUCACCCCCAUCUGCUCUCACUUCGGGCCCCUCUUCCAGGUUGGACACAGAGAAUGUGUGUCUGUGCCCUGGUCCCGGAUGGUGUACAUCACCAGGAGUUGGCAUUUGUUGGAAGAGUUUGUGAAACCUUCUCUCUGCCCAGAGCUCCGGGACCAAUGCAUCUUCCCACCACCUUAAACCACUGAACAGUUCAGAGCCCCAGUUGCAGAAGACUUGUCCUGUUACCACCAUGAGCUCUGAAUGUGAUGUUGGUGUUUCUAAAGCCGUGGUGAACGGGUUGGCGCCAGGCAGCAAUGGGCAGGACAAAGCAACUGCCGACCCUUUACGUGCACGCUCUAUUUCUGCUGUUAAAAUAAUUCCCGUGAAGACAGUGAAAAGCUCUUCAGGCCUGGUACUCCCUCCAGACAUGGAUCCAACGAAAAUCUGCACUGGGAAGGGAGCGGUGACUCUCCGGGCCUCGUCUUCCUACAGGGAAGUCCCAAGCAGCAGCCCCACGAGCCCUCAGGAAACCCCACAACAUGAAAGCAAACCAGUUCUGGACUCAGAGAAUCCCUCAGCAGAUGAGUGGAGGCUCUCUUCCAAUGCUGAUGCCAAUGGAAAUGCCCAGCCUUCCUCACUUGCUGCCAAGGGCUACAGAAGUGUGCAUCCCAACCUUUCUUCCGACAAGCCCCAGGUUCUCUCUCCCCCUCGGCCUCCUCUCCCUAAAGGGGACCGCUUUGCAUGGCAGCCCCCCACCAUCCACAGUACCUCCAAGGACUCCCUCUACCUGAGCUCACCCAAGCCUUACGUCCCCCUCAGCACCCCCAGCCAACAGAGCCCCUCACGACCCCAGCCCGUCUCCAUCUCCCUGGCAGCCAGAUCCGCUGCCAAAGGCUUGGUGCGUCCUGGGCCCUUGCUUCCUGGUUCCACGUUCCCCAGUGCUUCCUCCCAACCCCGGCACCACUGUGUGGCCACCAGGACAGUUUACAGUGAGAAUGUGAGCUCUAACCCACGUCAUAAGGCAGUUGGGAAUAAAAAGGUCAGCAGCUUAUAUGUACCUUGUUUAUCCAAUAACAUUUGCCGGGUGGCAGCGCAAAGCUCCUCUUGUGUUGCACCUGACCCAGCCACGGGCACUCCCUUGGAAACUGCAGGCGCUCGCGCACAGGCUCCCAGCCUUGUCUCCCACGCGGCCGGCACGGGAAAGCCACCCUCUGCUCCUCCUGGCCCUCCCAAGCUAUUCUUUGACAUCUGUAAAGAUGCCACCGUCCGGGGCGAGAGUCCUUCCCUGUGCACUCGGCCUCCGUUCCCGGACGCGGUGAGACCACCUGUGCUAGGCCCCCAGCUUUCCUCUGCUCCCGAAAACCGGAAGAGAAAAGAACCUUACCUUUUGCAGCCGUGUUAUCCAGCCAAGGAUGCCACUCUCUCCAGUUCAGCCCAGCCUGAGAUAAUAGUUGUCCCUCUCUACCUGGUUAAUACUGACAGAGGGCAAGAAGGCACUGCCAGAACUCCAGCAUCUCUGGGGCCUCUUGGCCCCCCAAGCCCGGCGACCGCCCCUGCCGGCUCACCUCUGACCUUCCCGACCCUAGAUGAUUUCAUUCCCCCUCGUCUGCAGAGGCGACCCCACCACAGCCAGCCGGCCAGCGCUUCUGGCCCCCACCCCCCCGUUAGCCAGACCCCGCCAUCCUUCUCACCACCUCCUCCGCUGGUCCCUCCGGUACCGGAGGACCUCCGCAGAGCCUCGGAGCCUGACCUCACGGGAGCUGUUUCAAGUACCGAUUCAGGCCCUCUACUGAAUGAAGUGUCUUCAUCCCAUGCUGGAACGGAUUCCCAAAUCUCUGCACCAGUUAGCAAACCAUCAUCUGCCUACCCCUCUACGACAAUUGUCAAUCCUACUAUUGUGCUCUUGCAACACAAUCGAGAACAACAGAAACGACUCAGUAGCCUUUCAGAUCCUGUCUCAGAAAGAAGAGUGGGAGAGCAGGACUUGGCACCAGCCCAGGAAAAACCCAGCUCACCUGGAAGGGCUCCUGAAAAAAAGGCAAAGGAUGACAGUAGACGGGUGGCCAAGAGCGCUCAGGACCUAAGCGAUGUUUCCAUGGAUGAAGUGGGCAUCCCACUCCGGAACACCGAGCGAUCAAAAGACUGGUACAAGACCAUGUUUAAACAGAUCCACAAGCUAAACAGAGACACUCCUGAAGAAAACCCUUAUUUCCCUACGUACCAAUUCCCUGAACUUCCUGAAAUCCAGCAAAAUUCUGAAGAGGACAAUCCCUACACUCCUACCUACCAGUUUCCAGCAUCUACUCCUAGUCCUAAAUCUGAAGAUGAUGAUUCAGAUCUGUACUCGCCUCGGUACUCCUUUUCUGAAGACACAAAAUCUCCCCUUUCUGUGCCUCGCUCAAAAAGUGAGAUGAGCUACAUUGACGGUGAGAAGGUGGUUAAGCGGUCGGCCACACUCCCCCUCCCAACCCGCUCUUCCUCACUCAAAUCAAGCCCAGAAAGAAACGACUGGGAGCCCCCAGAUAAGAAAGUGGAUACAAGGAAAUACCGUGCAGAGCCCAAAAGCAUUUACGAUUAUCAGCCGGGCAAGUCUUCCGUUCUGACCAACGAAAAGAUGAGUCGGGAUAUAAGCCCAGAAGAGAUAGAUUUAAAGAAUGAACCUUGGUAUAAAUUCUUUUCGGAAUUGGAGUUUGGGAAACCGCCUCCCAAAAAGAUAUGGGAUUAUACUCCUGGAGACUGCUCUAUCCUUCCUAGAGAGGAUAGAAAGACUAAUCUAGAAACAGAUCUCAACCUCUGCCCAGCAGAGUUAGAGGCAGAUUUAGAAAACACGGAGACGCUUAAUAAAGCACCCGGGGCAAACUUGUCACAGAGCUCGACGGUCAGCCCCACUCCAGAAAUUUCUUCAGAGCUUCCUGGAUAUAUAUAUUCUUCCAACUUCCAUGCAGUGAAGAGGGAAUCCGAUGGGGCUCCCGGGGAUCUUGCUAGUUUGGAGAAUGAGAGGCAGAUCUAUAAAAGCGUCCUGGAAGGUGGAGACAUCCCUCUCCAGGGUCUGAGUGGGCUCAAGCGACCCUCCAGCUCGGCCUCCACUAAAGUGGAUCGUAAAGGUGGGAAUGCUCACAUGAUUUCUUCAUCUUCAGUUCCUAGCCGAACGGUUAGCACUAGCAAUGCGUUAGGCCCCUUGUGUAAGCACAAGAAACCCCUGUCCGCUGCGAAAGCCUGCAUUUCGGAAAUCCUUCCCUCUAAAUUCAAACCCAGGCUCUCUGCUCCCAGCGCUCUUUUGCAGGAACAGAAGAGCGUCUUACUGCCAGCAGAAAAGGCUCAGAGCUGUGAGAACCUUUGUGUUUCACUGUCUUUGAAUGAUUCCAAAAGAGGUCUCCCCCUCCGAGUGGGCGGGAGCAUCGAGAACCUGCUCACGCGCUCCCGGCGGGACUGGGACAGCAAGUCGAGCAGCACCGUGAGCCUGCAGGAGUGUGGCACCAGCGCCAGGAGGCCCUGCCCUCUCUCCAGAAGGGCCGGGUUGCAGUUCACUAUGUUCUAUCGGGACAUGCACCAGAUCAACCGAGCUGGCCUCUUCCUGGGUUCCAUCUCCUCCUCGAGCGUGCGAGAUCUUGCCUCCCACUUUGAAAGGAGCAGCCUGACAUUGGCCAGGGGUGAGCUGGGCCCCAGCCAGGAGGGCUCAGAGCACAUCCCCAAGCACACCGUCUCCUCCCGCAUCACAGCUUUUGAGCAGCUGAUCCAGCGGUCCCGGUCCAUGCCGUCCCUGGACCUGUCCGGAAGGCUGAGCAAGUCCCCCACGCCUGUACUGUCCCGGAGGGGCCUGAUCUCGGCCCGCUCGGCUGAGUCCCUCCUGGAGUCAACCAAGCUCCGUCCCAGGGAGAUGGACGGGAUGAACCCCGGGGGGCUCUACGCCUCCCCGACGUGUGGCAAUAUGGCCGAGCCCACCUUGGGCUUCAGGGGCCUCGUGCCUUCUGAGCCCCUCUCUGCCUGCUCUGACGAGCUCGACCACUGUUCAAACGUCUCCAGCGACAGCAGAGAGGGCAGCAGCGGCAGCGUCCACGGAGACUUCCCCAAGCACCGCCUCACCAAGUGCAAGGGCACCUGCCCGGCCUCGUAUACCCGCUUCACCACCAUCCGGAAGCACGAGCAGCAGCAGACCUCCAGGCAGCCUGACUGGCGCCCAGAUCUCAGAGGGGACAGGAGCACACUCCUCAGGAACAUCUACCUAAUGAGCCCCCUCCCUUUCCGGUUGAAAAAGCCCCUCCAGUACCACCCCAGGCAGCCUCCCUCUGGUGACUUCUCAGCCCCUCUGGCAGGCCAGAAGCCAGACUUCCCCAGCCAGCCCCAUCAGGACGAGACCCCCUCUAGGGGGAAGCCCUCGGUUCCCAAACGCCUGUCUUCCCGACACACCAUGGCGAGGCUGAGCCGGAUCUUGGAGCCCCCUCAGGGAAGACCUGUGGUCCCAGAGGACUGCCUGAGGGCCUUUAAUAAUGGCAACUCCAUGCCGUCCUCAGACCAUGGCCUGGACAGGAACAACAACCCACAAAGUGAACUGGGAACAUCCCUUGGAGAUUCAGAAUCACCAAGACAUUUUAUACCUGCUGAUUAUUUGGAAUCCACGGAAGAAUUUAUUCGAAGGCGCCAUGAUGAUAAAGAGAAACUUUUAGCGGACCAGAGACGACUUAAGCGUGAGCAAGAAGAGGCCGAUAUUGCAGCUCGUCGCCACACGGGCGUCAUUCCGACGCACCAUCAGUUUAUCACUAAUGAGCGCUUUGGGGACCUCCUCAAUAUAGACGAUACGGCAAAAAGGAAAUCUGGGUCAGAGAUGAGACCUGCCAGAGCCAAAUUUGACUUUAAAGCUCAGACCCUAAAGGAGCUUCCUCUGCAGAAGGGGGACAUUGUUUACAUCUAUAAGCAGAUUGAUCAGAACUGGUACGAAGGAGAGCAUCACGGCCGGGUGGGGAUCUUCCCGCGCACCUACAUCGAGCUUCUUCCUCCUGCUGAGAAGGCACAGCCCAAGAAGUUGGCACCAGUGCAGGUUUUGGAAUACGGAGAAGCCAUUGCUAAGUUCAACUUUAAUGGUGAUACACAAGUAGAAAUGUCCUUCAGAAAGGGUGAGAGGAUUGCACUGCUCCGACAGGUGGACGAGAACUGGUACGAAGGGAGGAUCCCAGGGACAUCCCGGCAAGGCAUCUUCCCCAUCACCUAUGUGGACGUGAUCAAGCGGCCACUGGUGAAAAACCCCGUGGAUUACAUCGACCUGCCUUUCUCCUCCUCCCCAAGUCGUAGUGCCACCGCGAGCCCGCAGUCCCCCGGUCACAGCCAACUCCUCAUGCCGGCCCCCUCAUCUCUGCCCCACCCCCACCGAGCCCUGUCCCCUGAGAUGCACGCCGUCACCUCUGAAUGGAUUUCGCUGACUGUAGGCGUCCCAGGCAGGCGGUCUCUGGCCCUGACCCCACCCUUGCCUCCUCUGCCGGAGACUUCUGUCUACAACACUGACCACCUCGCCUCGUGGGCAAGGCCCGGGCCCUCCCUGUCUCUCAGCCUGCCCCGUUCGAGCUGGGCAGAUCGUUCCACCCCACGCUCCCUGACGUCCCCACUGGCCCUGCCUCCCCCCCACAAAGCCUCCUCCCUGGUGCCCGGUGCCCCGGCCUCCCUGCACAUCAACGGGGACAGUGGUAUCCACGUGCCACCCUCGGGUGUCCGCCCGGAAAGCUUCUCACGGCCGCUGCCGGGGAGCUCUGAUAGGGUCAUCUCCGAGCUCAGCGAUGCCUUUAGCAGCCAGGGUAAGCGGCAGCUGAGGCGAGAAGAGCGUGGACAGUGUGAGAGGAGAGCAGAGCGGGAGGCAGGUGACAGAUGCCCUGGAGCACCCAAGAUCUCUAAGAAGAGCUGCUUGCGACCUUCAGACGUGGUCAGGUGCCUGAGCGCGGAACAGAGACUCUCAGAUCUCCACGUCCCCGAGGAGAGCCGGCCCAGCAAGCCCCUGGGUAGCCCUUUUCCGGGAAGGGAGGCUGAGCAGACAGAGCCGCGUAGAGGUGGCGAGCAGGCUGAGAGGAGGGCUGCUGGGAGUGCUGUGAGCCAGCCUUCUCAUCAUUCAUUGAGAGCAGGACCUGAUCUCACAGAAUCUGAAAAGAGCUAUGUGGAAGCAGUUUGCAAUGAGAUCAUAAACAUUGCCGAAAAAUCUGUUCAUUACUGCAGCACUGUUUCUCAUCCCCUUGACUUUCAUCACAAGGUAUCCCCUUCUGACAAUAAAUCAUCUUUAAUCAUUUCUCAGCAACCUCAAGCCCAACAGCGAAGAGUCACCCCCGACAGGAGUCACACCUCACAAGAUUUAUUUAGCUACCAAGCAUUGUAUAGCUAUAUACCACAGAAUGAUGAUGAAUUGGAACUCCGAGAUGGAGAUAUUGUUGAUGUCAUGGAAAAAUGCGAUGAUGGAUGGUUUGUUGGUACUUCAAGAAGGACAAGGCAAUUUGGUACUUUUCCAGGCAACUAUGUAAAGCCUUUGUAUCUAUAAGAAGAUUGAAAACCACAGAGAUUAUUUUUAUUGGAGGAUGAAGCAUAAUUCACGAACUGGUCUCUUUAUUUAAACAUUGAGUCAGUAGGAAAACUAACGCAGUGGAUAAAGUAAGAAGCAAAAGAGAGGGACAGAGAAGUGUUGUGUCUGAAGCCUGAGCCUGUGUGAACGUACAGUGUCAGGCAGGCUGAACUGAGAAAAAAGGAAUGAGGCAAAUCUGUAUUUACUUAGCUGCUUCUGGGAGCCACUCCAAGCCUUCCCUGCCUCUCCCCCUCUUGGGUAAUCUGACCUGUAACACGGGCCAGGAUCAGUGAGGUCAGAAAUGCCUCUUGCUGCCCCAGCCUUGACCAGCUUUUGCUCAAAGGGGUCAUUUAGCCGGAAGCAGCCCUCAGAGCAUCAGGCAGACCCCUAGCCAUUCUCCAAAGGCUCUGCACCCCAGCCACCCAGAGCCCCAUUUCCAAACACUGCUGGGGAUCAGCUCGGGCUGCCGAGGCCAUCCCUGGAGGCCCCCAGGCUACCCAAGACCACGUCCCUCACUCCUGGGGUACGUGGGGAAAUGGAGGCAGGACACAGAAUGCCCUGUGCAUUCAGCCCGCAUGCAGCAUUGCUCUUGAUGCCCCUGGUGUUCAGACAGAAAAGAACAUGAGGUUUGCCCGUGGGAGCGGGGUGCCCGGGUCAGAUAGUUAUAUUUGUAUUUCCAGGUGAUUAAGUUAAGAAGCUCUGUAGUUAUCGAGGUCACUUGCGGUGUGCUCUUUCCCACAUCUCUGACUUUUGUAAGUGGUCACCUUUAGCACAGUUUCAUUUAGCAGAAUGCCAUUGCUAACCUUUCUUUUCUGGAUUGUUUUUGGUCAGGGCAGUUUGGGGUUGGUGGGCCUAUUCUGACAAGGAUGGCAUCCAGUGAAUCAUUUCACAUACGCCGGAUGCUGGGGCCACUGAUGAGCAGGAUGUGCUCCACACCUUAGCACAGACUCCCUGCAGCAGUUCAGGCACCACCCACGGUGCAGUAGCCCAGGGUCGUGAGCCCCGAUGCACCCUGGUGAGGCUUCUCUUCGAGCAGAAGGUGCCCAUGCCCCGGCCCGAAGUGCGAGGCAGUGGUUCGCCACUCCCAGGACGUCUGUGCUUUGCGGGGCUACAUCUGAGGAGGGAGGGCCCUGUGACACCCGGGGUGCUCCAGUCACAUCUCCAUCCAGUUCAAGGAUGUUUCUCAGCCUCUCUGCUAGACCCCUUAGAAAACUAGAGAAAUGACCCACUCCCUGCCCGCCAGGAACUCAGAGGUGAUUGGAGAGGUACACACACACAAAUACGGAAUCAAGAGAGACUGUGAUAUGUGCGAAGAAGGGUAUGAGAGAGGAGGAGGAGAUUACCUUUCCCUGGAGAGACCCUAGGAAGCAUUGUCGUAUUUCUGUCUCCAUGAGCUCACUCUUGAACAGCUAGGCUGCUUAGAAGAACCUUCCUCUGAGGGUAGUUUAUGGCUGGAAAUUCUUGGAACUGUUUCCAGAGUUUUCACACUCUUAUCCUCCCCACAAAUACGCAUCCAAGGUCACAAACAGGAGUAGCAAUUCUAGGUGGUAGGGUGUAUACAGGAAUCCUGGCUCUCUGCAUGUAGCUCAGAAUUGCCCCAGGACCAUUGUCCCAAAACCUGGAGUCUUUACAGGUAGGCAGAGUUUGUCUUCAGUGCCUCUGUCCCACCUUCUUGUCUGCCAUUCAUCUACCCAUCACCUGUCCACCCCCAUACCCCCAUCAGAGAGCCUCAUUCUCUUCCUGUCCUCCUUUCAAAUCUUGGCCUCAGGAAAGAACCUGCCACUGACUCCUUCACACUGGAGUGUAAAUGACCGGUAAGAGGAAUGUGUUACUUCUUCCUGGAGACACUUGUUUUUAGCUAGGACAGAGCAGAGCCUUAACCCCAAGGGAUGAGGCAGUGGAACUAAUGGUGGUGGUAGGGGGUGGGGGUGGGGUGGAGGAGCUUCCUGGGUAGAAAGAGCCUUUUUGAUAUUCUUUAACACUCAUUGCUUUGGAAGGUCAACUUGAGCAUCCAAGGGCACUGUCUGACUCUCUGAGGGACUAUAGUACAAGUGCAUAUGCACGUGCAUUUUGCACAACAGCAUUUCACUCAUUUUUGGAACGUAACUCUCGUAUUGGCUAAUGUGUUUCCUGGUCUUUCUUAGAUGCAAACCAUUAAUAAUGACCUUAUUCUAAUAGCUUUUUGAGGGGUGCUUCUUAAGUAGGUAAUUUUGAACACCUCUUUCAAUACAGCUAGAAAAUAAAACCAAUUUGUAAAGCCACAUUUGCAUAUGAUGCCAGCCUCACGCAUUUGUAUAUCUUCAGAAACCCAGGUAUGCCUCACCAAUUUGCCCGUCUUUAAUAAAAUCAUGUUAAAAUUUGCAUCAAACUUCAGCUUCCUAUGUAUGACAGAACAAGGAACAAAGUUUCCAACUGCUCUUUUGUCCUCAAACAUUUAGUAAUAUAAAAUACCUAUUUUUAUGCUGAAAUAUUUAUACAGGUUUAUUAAUAGCAAGUGCAACUAACUGGCGCCAUGCCUUGCAACACAUUUUGAUAUAUUAGCCAUGCUUCUGGGUAAAGGCAAGCCCCCAACUACUUAUCUUUUGCAGUCUCUCUGGGAUCAGUUAAAGAAAAAAAUCAUAUGCGUAAGAAGUAGGACUGUAAAUAUGUAUAUUUAACUUUGUAUAGCCCAUGUACCUACUUUGUAUAGAAAAAUAAUUUUAAAAAUUUGAACUGAAGGGGGGGUGAAAUAAGGAAGUCAUGAAGUUUUUCGCAUUUUUAUUUAAAUGAAGGAAUUCCAAAUAACUCACCUGCAGAUUUUUAGCACAAAGAUAGCCAUUGUAAAGUGUUAAAAUUUUAAAUAAUCAUUCUUUCUGGGAGAGAAGGUAAUUGUGAUCUCAGUUAUAGGUUUUUUAUUUUGUUUUUGAUUUUUUUGUUUUUUUUUUUUUGUUUUUGUUUUUUGGCUGUCUUAUUUAUCUACAGUAGUAUUAAGUUCUUUUGCUAGAAUAAGUUACUACAAAGAAGAUUAUAUUCUGAAAGAAAAAUAACUGACAUUAUAUAUAACCAGUUAAUUUAAAGUGUUGCCAUUUACACACCAAGAGCAUGUACUAUGCAGACACAGAUUUUUCCAUUCAUUUAUUUUUCUUUAUUGCGGUGGAUUGAUUUGAUAAAUGGAUGUGUUGAAUUACUACAUUUGCUGUACAUAUUAUUUAAUAAACUUUAUUCAGAAUUGCGUGGCA